UAUUUGCUUUCUUGAUAAAUUCUAAAGCUAUAACAGUCAGUCUCUUGCAAUUAUAAAUAAUCUGUUGUCCCAUCAAUGCCAGCACGGAAAGCAGGCAUAAAAUAAGGAAAGAAGGAAAGUUCAUCCAUUACAUAAAAUAUAUGGGACUAAUGCAGUUUCGCACCUCUCCUUGAAAAAUGCAUUUUUUUCCAGAUUCCUAUGUUUUUAAAUGUCGGAGAUUACGAAUUUAAAAAAAAAAAUUUGCCCCCCCCCCCAUUUUUGAUUUUGUUUACUUUAAAGAGAUUGUAGCGAAUUGACGAACAUAUGCAAAUCGAAAUUAAAUCCAGACAAAAACAUUAAAGCGAAGAGAAUUUGCAUUUUACUUGUGUGAAUAAGAAUUUAAUGUAAAUUAAAUAUACACUAUUUUAUGAGAAGCAAACAUUAAUGUUCAAUAAUUAAUGUUAUAGAGUUUAAUAAGGGGCUCAAAUUUCACCCUCUCGCCCAAUUUUAAAUUUUGAACAUUUUCAUCCAUUUAUUUAUUUGUCUGCAUCCCUGUCAGUUUAUUCAUAAAAUAUAUUUGUCAACUAAAUGUGGCGGUCCUAUAGAAGAUGAUGUUACUGUUGUUUUUAGCCCCAGGAAGACAUUCAUACCUAUCUAUCUCCUUAUGCUUAUUGAAUUUAAAAUUUUGAAAAAGUGGUUUCUUGCAUAUUCGGAAUCUCUGUCAUCUAAAACAUAAGCGGAAAAAAAUUUCGAAAAAGUUCAAAAUUUUAAGUGGAGUAGUAGUGGUGGUGGUGGUGUUUAAAAAUUAAUUUUUUUGUAUAUUCAUAAUCUCUGACAUCUUAAAAGUAGGAAUCUGAAAAAUGUUUUUUAAAAAAAAUGCAUUUUUAAAGGAGAGAUGUGAAACUGCAUUAGCCCCAAAUAUAUACAUUGGCAAAAACCUACAUAUCUAUAUAUAUAUGAUACCACUCUUCAGUCCUCUCUAACCUUGUUUACCCAAGUGUCAUUCAUAUGCAACCUUAGAUACUUUAUGCCAAACCUACACUGACUUCAUGAAAAGAGACCUAGUGAGCAUCCUUCAGUGAGAUCAUGCUAAUCAUGAAAACACAAUCACUAUUAGACAUUACUGUAUGCUUACCUAUCUAUGUAAUAUUACCAUAUUCCACUAUUAAACAUUAACGACAUUCAAAUAAAACCCCUCAAAGUCACUAUGGAUGUUAAGCCAUACCAUUUCUAGCAAAGUCUUUAGACAAAUCCAACACCACAACCUGUAGAAUACUGCAGGUGGGUAAGAUAUGCACUGUAUUUCUUUUUUUUUCCACAAAAAAUUCUUUGGAUUUCUCUGUUUUCAACAAAUCCUUUUUUUUUUAAUGCAAAUGAGCUUAAUUGAUUUAAGCAUGGUAUUUGUCCACCUCCUUUUUAAUCUCCCUGCCUUUUCCUCUAUGAAAAAUAUUGCUAUAAGGUAUCCUGAAUGUGAACGGAACUCUAAUUGAAAAUGAGUCAGGUGGUAGGAAGAAGCAAAAAAUGAGCCAAGUGGUAUUGAGAAGCAAAAUCAUUUGCAGGUUCAUAAUAAUCUGUGAAGAUGGAGCUGUUGAGGAAAAUAAUGAAUUUCUAAUUUUACAAACUCAUGUCAAAUUACUGUUUUGAUCUGAAGCCUUAGAAGGUGUUUUUACAUGGGUUGUUAGAGAUUAUUUUAAACAUUUAAAACUUAUCCAAUAGAAUACCAAAGAAAGAAUUCUAUGGAUGCUCUCAUGCUGGUCCAGUAAUGUUGCUAUGGGAACAUAUAGCAAUUCCAACUUCUGAUGUAUCAAAAAUGGCUGCAUCUGAUUCGGUGAAAUUUCCCCCAAAAUAUCAGUUCCUCCAAAAGUGAUAAGAUUUUCCUAAUUAGCAUGAAAAACUACGUGUCUAAAAAUGUUCUAAAAAAAAAAAAAAUCGGAUCUGAUGUGUGAAACCAAAAACAUCCCAUGUAUGACAUAAUUCCUUUCACUCAAAUUCAACUUUCAGUUCCUAAACAUUCUUCCAGUUUCAUUUUGAUGACGAAUUUUCUAAAGUACUACCCAAUAUUUUACUUUCGUUUUAUUACGCUGAUCUUUGCCGACUCCAGUAGUUACACUUUCUGGAAACGUCGUCAAUACUUUUCAGUGUUGACUUAUAAACCUUUAGUAGUUAAUUAUGAUUGCUAAAGGAAAUGUACGUACCAACUGCAAGUGUAAAUUGGUCUACCCAAUAGUGUUACACCGCUAAACGUAAUGGUAUUUUUAAGCAAUGUAUUCGUUUAUGGUUAAUGGGUUGGAUGUGGUGCUGAAGAAGGAGCAAUAACUCCUGAAAUAUGCAUAUACACUCAUUUUCUAUUUUCGAUCACAUUUUCACAUAGACGUAUUCAUAUACGAAACAUCGUAACUUUCAUUGCUGGCUCUGAAUUAUAUAGAAUAUCUGCAAGAAUUAACUUAAAAAGCAAAAUAAAUAAACGUAUGUGUGUGUGCGCGCGCUUGUUCGACACGAGCUCUCUCUAUUUUCGUCAUGCGCAUUCCAACCGGAUAUUGACUGUUGUGCUCCACGCGGUAAGAACACAUGAAUCGGACGACAUCGGUUAAGAAAAUAAUCUGUUGAAUAUGGAACAUUAAAAGCAUCGCAAACAAUUGCUUUUAACUAUACAGAUGUACACAAACCGAGUAGUAACUAUAUCUAUAAACUGACACUCUUGAUCACCACCUCUGACUUCAUCGUUAUUGCUGUCAUUUAUACGAGAAUAUCGGAAGACAUUGGUAUAAAAAAAAUUUGUACAUUGGAUGCAUCAUCAAUAUUUAUCAUAUUUUAAAGACUAAACGAAGAAAUACAGAAAAGAUGCAACCCUGUUCAUAUAGAUCCAUGGUAGAAUCACUGUGAAAUAUAUCCCAUGGACUGAGAUUAAAAUGAAAUAUUUUUACAUUUUGAAGAGUGGAGUAUGUACAAAAUGAUUUUGCAUUCUAAUUAAACUUGCAUUACAAAUAAAUUUGCAGUGACCUCAGAUAUUGACAAGGAUUAGAAUUCCUGGAAAUGUGUUGGAAGAAAUACUUGUAAGGAAUAUGAUAUAAAAGCAAAAUAUAAAUGUGUAUAUAUUGCAUUAAGAAAAGAAAAAUUAUGGAAAAUAUAUCAUAUGAGAACAAGGUUAAAUGCAAAACAGAUUCUAAAAAAAUCAAUUCUGAUGAGCUGCUGAAAGAGAGAGCAAAAACAUCAUUCCUCUGCAAUAGCUGUGGUAAAUCAUUCUCUCAAAAAUGUAAUCUUAAUAUUCACAAACGUAUUCAUACGGGAGAAAAACCAUUUCACUGUGAUUUCUGUGGUAAAUCAUUCUCUCAAAUAAAUCACUUAACUAAACAUAAACGUAUUCAUACGGGGGAAAAGCCAUAUAGUUGUAAUUUCUGUGCUAAGUCAUUUUAUGGAAGUGGUGAACUAACUAAACAUGAACGUAUUCAUACAGGAGAGAGGCCAUAUCACUGUGAUAUCUGUGGCAGAUCAUUCUCUGUAAAUGAUCACUUAACUAAACACAAACGUAUUCAUACAGGGGAGAAGCCCUUUCACUGUGAUAUCUGUGGUAAAGCAUUCUCUUGCAAUGGCGAUAUACCCAUACACAAACGCUCUCAUACAGGAGAGAAGCCAUAUGAUUGUGAUAUGUGUGGUAAAUCAUUUACUACAAAAGGUCACUUGACAACUCAUAAACGCUCUCAUACAGGUGAGAAACCAUAUCACUGUGAUGUCUGUGGUAAAUCAUUCAUUCAAAACUGUCAGUUGAUUAGACACACACGCAUUCAUACAGGAGAGAAGCCUUAUCACUGUGAUACCUGUGGUAAAUCAUUCUCUGAAAAUGCCCAUUUAAUUAAUCACAAACGUAUUCAUACAGGAGAGAAGCCAUAUCACUGUCAUAUCUGCAAUAAGUCAUUUUCACGAAAUGAUCAUUUCACUCAACACAAACGUAUUCAUACAGGAGAAAAACCAUAUCACUGUGAUAUCUGCGGUAAAUCAUUCUCUGUAAGUUUUCGGUUAAAAAUUCACACACGUAUUCAUACAGGAGAGCAGCCAUAUCACUGUGAUAUCUGUGGUAAAUCCUUCUCUGAAAAAGGUGACUUAACUAAACACAAACGCAUUCACACAGGAGAAACCCCAUUUCAGUGUGACAUCUGUGGUAAGGCAUUUUCUAGAAAUGCUAAUUUAACCACUCACAAGCGUGUUCAUACUGGUGAGAAACCAUAUCACUGUGAUAUCUGUGGUAAAUCAUUCUCUCAUGGAAAUGUCUUAAUUGCACACAAAUACAUUCACACAGGAGAGAAACCAUAUCAUUGUGAUGUCUGUGGUAAAUCAUUUUCUCAAGCAAGUCACUUAAGUAAGCACAAACAUGUUCAUACAGGUGAGAAGCCAUAUCAUUGUGACAUCUGUGGUAAAUCAUUCUCUGUUGGAAGUGCAGUAACUGGACACAAACGUACUCACACAGGAGAAAAACCAUAUUGUUGUGAUAUCUGUGGAAAGUCAUUCUCUCAAACAAGUCAUUUAACUGCUCACAGGCGUGUUCAUACUGGAGAGAAACCAUAUCACUGUGAUGUCUGUGGUAAAUCAUUCUCUGUAAAUGAUUCCUUAACAACUCACAAACGUAUUCAUACAGGAGAGAAGCCUUAUCACUGUGAUAUCUGUAGUAAAUCAUUCUCUCAAAUAAACCACUUGACUAGACACAGAUUUAUCCAUACAAGAGAUGAAGCAUCGCUGUAAUAAUUGGUGAUUCAUUCUCUCAAGAUGAUGACUUACUGCACAUAUAUUUUUACAGGAAACUAUAUUGCUAAUAUCUUUGGUAAAUCAUUUUCUUCAAAGGAUCACUUAACUAAACACAAGCAUGCUCAUACAGAAGAAAAACAAUAUUGCUGCUAUAUCUGUGGUACAUCAUUCUCCUAAACAGGUCACUUAACUAUAUAUGUAUAUAUUCAUAUGGAAAGUGACUGUAGUUGAAUGUAUUACUUCUGAUAUAAUUAAAAUACCAUUGUAAUGGUGUACUCAAAGUAUUCAGAGCUGAAUGAGAAGCUACUACAUCAAGCAUUUGUUGACUGGAGAAAGCCUUUGAGUUCUACACUGUAGCUUGGUGGUUAUUAAGAAAUCUUAGUGGAGAUGAAUGGUUUAUGAGAGCCAUGCAAGCCAUCCCUGUAUUACAGAAUAUAUAUAUAUUUGGAUGGGGGCAACACUAUGCAGAGACAGUAAAGCAUUGAAACAAAAACACUACUAAUGCACCAGUUAUUACGCAGAUGUGUAAAAUAUACAAUUUGGUCUACUCAAUUUACUUUAGCUUACAAACCUACAAACAGUAGGUUUGUAAAGCAGUGUCUGUGGAUUGUUGAAGGGAGAGUAUUCAGUCAUCGAUGAAACUAGCUCAAUUUCCUCUUUGUUCAUGAAGGUAUAUAAACCUACAAACUAGGUUUGUAAGCAGUGUGUCUGUGGAUUGUUGAAGGGAGAGUACUCAGUCAUCGAUGAAACUAGCCCAGUUUCCUCUUUGUUCAUGAAGUUAUAUAUAUAGGGUCAAGGUGUUCACAGCAUUGGCUAAAAACCUAAGAUGUAUUCUGCAAUAUUACUGUGAAUGCACCAGUAAUUUUAUUAUUGAUUUAUUUGACUUUAUAGAGGAAUUGUUAAGAAAUAUAUUCUCAUAAAUCAGAUAUGAUAACAUCAGUGUAAAGUUAGGUUACAACUAAAUAUUGUUACUAUCUCCAAGGCCUUUUGACACAAAGAGCCUCCAUAUAUUCUCUGCUUCUGUUUCAGUUCCCACCCUAUUAUAAUCUUUCUCUUUACUUGUUGACCAAGUAGGCCUAAGCCUUCCUCUUUUGUAUCUUGGCCUGUCCAUUUAAGUUGGUUCUAACCAUCAUCAUCAUCAUCUUAUUAACUCUUAAAAGUUCAGUACCACAAAUAACUGCAACUGUCACUGGGUUCCUGAACUACACAUGAUUUAUUCUUUACAUUAUUGAAGCAUCUUCAAAUUUUCACAUUUUUUAAUAAUUUAUUAGUCCAAGGCAGUGAGCUGGCAGAAACGUUAGCACAUCGGGGAAAUGCUUAACGGUAUUUCGUCUGUCUUUACAUUCUGAGUUCAAAUUCUGCCAAGGUCAACUUUGCCUUUCAUUCUUUUGGGGUCGAUAAAUUAAGUACCAGUUGUGUACUGGGUCGAUCUAAUCAACUGGCCCCCUCCCCCCAAAUUUCGGGCCUUCUGCCUAGAGUAGAAAGGAAUAAUUUAUUAGUUCCUGUUGUGUUGCAGCAAGCAAGAAUGGUUAAAGAGUUGUUUGCACUUUUUCAUUGCAAGGGUGUCCUUUUGGGUGUCAGUGUGCAGUGAGGUAACAACCAAGAGAAAUCACCAGUCUCAUUGGCAUUGAAUAUGUUUUAUUAGUAAGAAGAAAUAAGUUUCUUUAUUUCCCCUUCUUUCUACUUAUUUUGAUUUUUGCAUUGGAAGGUUCUUUCAUCAUAGAUAACUGAAGCUGUUAUCCUGUAAUGAUCACAGAAUAGAUUUAGCCACGAGGCACUUGUCUGAAAUUGAAUGACUUAAAAUUUUUACUAGUAUACUGAGCUUCUUGAAUGAGCAUCUUACUAAAUGGAAUAUUUAUAUCUGUUUGGUUUGUAAACCAGACAAAAUCUGUCCUAUCAAUAUCUUUGAACAUGGCAGGCUUUGUGUGUUUUCAUCUUUUACAGAUGGAAUUUUUCUUCCAAAUCUUUGAGUUGUGAACAUUGCAUCUCUUCAUGGAUUCACAAAUUGUUUUCUUUUAAGAAUGAAAGUAUUCCAACCAUUCCAUAUUUUUUUCAAAUUCAAAAUUCAAUCCAAAUAGAGACAAUACAAAUCAGAAUUAGCAAUUGGCUUAGCUGGAGUGUCAGACACCAAGAGAUUUCCACCCAACAUGAUUGCAAGUUCUACCACAAGUCUGUGCCCAGGCCAGACACAUAUGCUGAGUUCUCCUCUACAGUCCUCAGCCAGAUCUUAAGUAUACCUUGCUUCCACUUGAGUCUGUUUGUGGGCCAUGUAACCAAGGAUCUGCAGCUGUCUUAUUGCAGUGGUAUCUUGUAGUUUACUCAACCAGAGCCUAUCUCUAACUUUGUUUAUGAUGUGUGGUUGCACUAAGAAAUUCUUUGUUUGGUUCUAAGGUAAUAUCUAUAUAAGACAGCUGCUGCUCUUUCUCCAUAUCUCAAGCAUGUAUAUAUAUUAUUAUCAUCAUUUAAUGUCCAUUUUCCAUGCUGGCAUAGGUUAGACAGCUUGACAGGAACUGGUAAGGCCAGGGGCCACACCAGGUUCCAUAGUCUGUUGUGGGUUGGCUUCUACAGCUGGAUGCUAUGCUUGCAUGGGAUGGACAACAUUUGUUGAAGCAGAUUUUUUACAGCUGUAUGCCCUUCCUGUUGCUAACCCUUGCCUGUUUCCUAGUAAUGUAAUAUUCCCUAUGACCAAAUGUUUGCCUGGAUGAUAGGAAAUGAAGGAUAUCACUUAUAUGACUAUGUGGUUGGGAAGUAAACUUCUUACUAUACAGCCAUAUAUAUAUAAAUGUUAUGUCAAGAUGAUGGAACUACAUUUUGUUAACUUAACAGCCGUUAGAAUGAGUUUUUGUACAUGCUAUAUUGAACCUUCAGUUAUAAAUUGUAUUUUAUGUUAUAUAAAUGUCCUUUGUGAAUUAUUUACAUCGUGAUCAUGUUUAAUUUGCCGUCCUAAUGUGCCGGACGUCUUCCUCUAGUUUUGCUGGUAAGAGACGAAAAUAUUUGUUUUUGAAGUGUGUGCAAAAGUAACGAAGGGUCGAGUAUUCUCCCUUGGUUCGUAACUGGAAAUUUUUUCUAUUUGAAUAGUUCCUACAUUUUCUUCCAUUUUAUUCUAUGUUGAUAGUAAAUUUUAUUUGGUUUCAAACCAAUUUCUGGAAUUUGUUUUACUUGGAUGGCUUUAGAAUAUCAAUUUAGCUUUUCAAACUUAAACCAUAAAGUAUAUGAAAAAUAUGGUUGCAUAUCAAAAACAAGUCUUUUCAUGUAGCACAUCUAGAAGUACAUAUUUUUCCUUUGUAUCAGAUGUUGAUUCUAUUCUCAUUCCCAUCCAUUCUGUUUCCUAGCCACUGACAUCACAUUGUCCACCAGAUGCCAACAGUUGAUUACUCUAUAGUAUGUUCUUGCCUGAAUUUGAAAGUCAUCAUCAUCUUCAUAUAACAUGUUUUCCAUGCUGGCAUGGGUUGGGUAAUUUGACAUGUGGUUGACCAGCUGGGGAGCUGUCGAGGCUCCAUUUGUCUGUUGUGACAUGGCUUCUACAGCUAGAUGCCCUUCCUAAUGCCAACCACUUUACAGAGUAUGCUGGGUACUUUUCACAUGCCACCAGCAUAGAUGCAUUUACCUAGCACUGGCACAAGUGCAUUUUAUGUGGCACCUGGUAUCUACAAGGGAUAAGCCUGUGUGUAUGGAUGACAGCAGUUUUACUUAGCUUGAUGCAUCUUCUCAAGUACAGCAAAUCACAACAAUUCCUGGUCUCUUGUCAUUUCCUCAAUGAAGCCCAACAUCCAAAGAUCUGUUUUCACCACUUUGUCCUACAUCUUCCUGGGUCUACCCCUUCCACAAGUUUCCUCCACAAUUAGAGCUCAGCACUUUAUGCAACUGUCCUCAUCCAUACACAUCACAUGACCAAACCAACACAGUCUUCUCUCUUGCACACAACAUCUGAAGCCUUUUAUACCCAGUUUUCUUCUUAAAUUAUUUACACUAUGUCAUUUGUGUACGCUAACACAUCCAGUGGAGUGUGCUAACUUUAUUUCUUUCAAGGCUUCUCAAAUCCUCUGUGGUCAAAUCCCAUGCUUCACUGCCAUGUAACAUAGCUGUACAUACACAGGCAUCAUACAAUUUGUCUUUCACUCUGAGGGACAGGCCCUUAGCUACCAACAAAGGUAGAAGCUCUCAGAACUUUGUCAAACCCAUUCUUAUUCUAGUGACUACAUUUUCAGAACUUCCUCCUCCUCUGCUCACUUGGUCUCCUAGGUAACAGAAGCUAUCUUCUACUUCCAAUUUCUUCUGUAGGCCAGGUAGUAAUUUGGCUAUAAGAACAAGUGUAGAGUAGCUCCCAAGAGCAACCAGUCUUGAAUUCCUCUGUUAAGAUCUGGAGGACUAAGAUAAACAAGAAGGGGACUGAGAACUGAACUUUGAUGAACUCCUACCUGCACACUGAAUCCAUUGCUAUACUUGUUGCCAACCUUCACCUUACUGGCUGCAUCUCUGUACGUGGCUUGUACACUUCUCACUAACCACUCAUCUAUCUUUAGCUUCUGCAUUGACCACCAGAUAAGGGAGCAGGAGACCCUAUAAAAGAGGCAUUUUCUAUGUCAACAAAAACCAAGUACAGAGGUUUAUUUUUGACUAAAUACUUCUGCACUUGCCUAACCAGGAAUAUAGCAUGAGUCAUGCUCCUACCUGGUACAAAUCCAAAUUGUAUCUCCUCUAUGCUAAUUCUGAACUUUUUAUUUGUAAUAAAUAAGAACAGAAUAUAUCAAAUAAACUGAUGACAGUAGCAAUAAGGUGAUAAAGCUUCCGGAAUAUCCAUCAAAUAGACUGAGGAUAUUAGCAAUAAAUAGAUCUGACUUUUGGAAUAUGUAUUAUUAAAAAGCCAUUAAAUAUUUUCUCCUCAUAUAUUCCAAAUUCAACCUUGAUACACACACCUUCAUCAAAGACGUAAAGGAGAAGGGAAAUUGACACAACCAGUGUUUACAUCAGUGGCUAUACAAUUGUCAGCUGAUGUUUGCUCAUCAGAUUCUUGAACAGACUUCAGCAACAUAAAUUAUCACUAUCCUUCUCCACUGUCAGUUCUUAAUCUCUCUCUCAUGCUAUCAUAGCUUGACUUGGUCUGUUUAAUUAGAUGAAAUUAUCUUUAAAUUAUUAAGCAUAACUACAGAACCAAUUAACAUUUACUUAAUUUGAACAGUGCUGUACACAGCAGCAAAACCCAUAUGAACAACUAUACGAUUUGCAAAUAUAUUUUGAUGAUUUUUAAUAUUUCUUUCAAUAUUUACAUACUGUUAGCUCAGGAUCUGUAUCAAUUUUUUAUUGCAUUAUCUUCUUUUUCUGUAACAACUGUUUCAGGUUUAAGAUGAUGCUAAAACUCUAAUUAUUAGCAGUAACUAAGACCAACAUUAAAACCUUUAUUGAGAUGAAAAAUAUCAAAGAGAGAUACUCAAAAAGGAUCUCCUACAAAUAAAAUGUAGAUCUCCUUUGAUAAGAGAUAUAUUUAGGAAUCUGCAAAAUUAAGUCACAAUGUAAUUUUAAAAAGUUUCAAGAUCUGCAUUUUCAGGGCAAUCCUUUUUAAACAUUACUGAAAAUAAUGUCAACAUUAUUGAAGUCAGUACAGGAAAAUAUUCCAUUUAAGAAAGCUGGAAUUUCUACAGUCACUGAAAAUCUUGGAUUGGUAUACAUCAAACAUUCAAGGAGCCAUCCACCUCUACCUUUACAAGUUUAAUAACGCUAAUUAAAAAUGUUGUAGUGAAAAGAACAUUCUCACAAGUUACCAAUAAAUGAUUAUGAUUGUCAGACCAUAUAUAUAUAUAUCAUAAUCAUAUUUUAGCAUCUGCUUUCCAUGUUGGUAAGGGUGUGACUGAAACUGGUAAGCUGGUUCCAAUCUGAUUUGGCAUAGUUUCUAUGGCUGGAUGCCCUUCCUAAUGCCAACCAUUCCAAGAGUGUAAUGGGAGCUUUUUAUGUGCCACUGUCAUGGCUGCCAGUCAUGUGACACCAGUAUUGACCACAACUAUGAUUUCACAUUGCUUGAUUAGUCUUCUCAAGCAAUGUAAUGUAUUUCUAAUAAAGAGUCCAUAUACCCAUGUGGGUCCGUAUAGAUACAUGGCCAUAUCCUGAAUAUUUUAAGUUGUGUGUCCAGUAAUAGGAUCUGGAUUGCCUCCUGGGUGUGCAAUCAGCAAAGCUUUCUUCUAGUGUAUGGGGUUGUAUGCUUAGAAAUGAGGAGUCCAUAAGGCUCUUAAUAUAGUCAGAAUAUGUCCAUUUUUUCAUGUAUAUUUAUCUAUAUGGGGCCAUAUGGGUAUAUGAACUCCUUAUUUCUAAGCAUGCAACUCCAUACACUGGAGGAAGAAGGCUUUGUUGAUUGUGCACGCAGGGGGAAAACCCAGAUCCUACUAUCAGGUACACAACUCCUGAACAAUAGAAACAAGCUGAUAAUAAACCGUAACAAAAUUCUUAAAACAUUCAGGAUAUGUUUACUUUAACAUGUAUAUAUAUAUAUAUAUAUAAAUUCAAUUUCCAAAUAUUAAGUUUUGCAGUUUUUUUUUUUACUGCAAGGGUAACAUACUGAAAUGUUAACUAUUUCACAGCUAUAUUUUUAUUGAAAUGUUCUACCUCUGCAUUUGUAUACUUGGUUAAACUAAUUUUUAUAUUUAUUUCUGUAUCAAGCAAUUUCUUAUAAUAUAGCAAGAGCUUCUUACAUAAAAUUACUCUUUAAGGCUUUAAUUUGAAUAUCUACUCUUUAAAACAGAUGUUUUUCUUUCAUUUAUUGGCAUACCAGAGUGAAUUGAUAUAAAAAAUGGUUAAGGUUCUAUAUACAAAAAAUUAGUUGACAACAAAAAGGAAAAUAUAAUUUAUAUCCAUAGCUUCUUACUUAUUUGGAUCUGUUUUUUAAAAAUAUUCCAAGUUUAACUAAUAAAGAUUAAUUUGCUGCUGAAUUUUUUAUGCAAAAUUAUGUCAAAAUGCAAUUUUCUCUUGAAAAUUCAGGAAAAAAGAACAUUGAAAAUGUCACGAAGGCAGUUAUCAGAAGACAACAUGUGUCACCAUGACAAUUAUUCACUAGAUUACGUGUCAUUGUGGAUGAUAAUGGGUUAAUUAGCAUACUUAAAGCAUUAGCAAUAAAAUUUAGCAUUGGUUAGACUAACAUUUUCCUUAAAACUUUUUGUUUGUUGUUAGCUACAAGUGGUAGUCAAAAAUUUCUAAUGUGUUGUUUUUUUGUAAAAUUUGUAAAGCAGGAAAAUUAGCAUUGGAUUACAAUUUAAUGCAAACUUUCUUCCUUCAGUCUUGUGUAGUCAUUUCUAUUUGAUG